CGAGAGGCUGACACUAAACUAGUGGUGGGCAGAGCUACAAGCGUCUAGAAACAAACAGAACCCGAAACGAGUACAGUUUCAUUUUAAAGGAAGACGUGGUGUGUAUGGUACGUGUGCUUAGGAAGGAAAAUGGAAGCACCUUUGUCUCCAAGAGAAUCUGGGAAAUUUAUAGCAGAGAACAGCAAAGAUGUAUUCAUUGAGGAGGAGGGAGUUAAGAAGGUAGCAGAGAUGCUGUAUGCUGAAAGAGGCUGUGAAGUGUUCACCGCGCAAGGCUGGAAACAAAUGAACCCGCUGGCUCCGGUAUGCAUGAGUGACGAUGCAGUAAACUGGGUGUUUGUGGUGGACACUCUUAAUUUCUCCUUCUGGUCUGAUAAAGAUGAUGAGCAGUGUUUGGUGACAUACAAGGAUAAAACAUACAGUGGGUAUAUGUCACUUUGUGCUGCUAUCAGCAGGGCAAUGGAUGAAGGUAUUCCAAUCACAGAGGCAUCGUAUUUUGCAAACAUGGCCUUGGAUGAUCUGAAGCAUGUAUUGCGUUCAGACAACAAUGUGCCGAUGCCCAUGAUUAAAGAAAGGCAUCAAGCUCUUACCGAGGCUGGAAAAGUGCUGUUGGAACACGACGGCUCUUUCCUUAAGUUUAUUAGAAAGGGGGGCAACAGCGCUGAAAAAAUGAUCAAGCUCAUUGUGGAGACUAUACCAUCAUACAGAGACGAAGCUACUUUCGAGGGUAAAAAAGUUGCUUUUUACAAAAGAGCACAGAUCCUUGUGGCAGAUUUCUGGGGCAUAUUAGAAGCAAGAGGAGAGGCCAGCAUUCCUGACAUUGGUUACCUGACAAUGUUCGCUGACUACCGGGUCCCACAGGCUCUCGUCUACCUGGGGGCACUGAGGUACUCCAGUGAGCUAAUGAAGACUCUCAAGGAAGGAGUGAUUUUGGCAUCUGGAGAUCGACAGGAAGUGGAAAUCCGGGGCUGUUCCAUUUGGUGUGUUGAGAGGAUCAGGGAGCAGUUGUGGGAUAUUGCUGAACAAAGAGAAGGGUGCAAACUGGAACAUGUCAACUCAGCUGUUAUUGAUUUCUACCUGUGGCCCUAUGCCAAGGAACAUCAUGUGGAAAUGGCACAUAUUCCAAUCCAUCACACUCGCAGCAUUUAUUACUAGCCCAAUUCACAAUUACAUUUUAUUUUUAAAUGUCUGUUUUGAUGAAUAAAAAAAAAAAAACUUUAAUAAAGUGCACCAGUGUUAUCU